AUGUCUCCCUCUCCCCCCACGCGCCGGGAAUUCGCCCUCGUCUGUAUUCUCCUCGUCUCCGUUCUUUAUUUCUUUUCUUCAGGGCGGAGCAGAAUAGAGACGGUUCCUCUGAAAUUUCGGGGAGAUAUUACCAUAGUAGAACCCAGCCAUAAUGUUGCGUCUUCUCUCGGCGCCCACUUAACUUGGGGGGCGUCACCUGUUCCACAAACACAACUUAUUUCUCAUGUUCCAGGCUGGACUAUUUUUGAUAAACUCUAUCUAUACAAUGGCACUAUCUUCGUCGUUUGUGAUGACCCACAGAACAUCCCCGAUGCUUCCAAAUUCUAUUCAAAAGGCCUUCGAAUUCUAAACGGCAAGGAAGCAGAGGAUUCUCGUCUACCCACGAAGGAGGACAUCCAAAUUAUCAGCUCCAAGGAGGCCAGGGCGCUCUUUGGGACAACCGCCCAAGUCAUCGACGGAGUAACCUUCCUAAUAAAUGACCCUCAGCAAUUCAUUACUCACUAUUACCAUUGGUCUGCCGAGUUAGGAUUUGGACUUUGGCGAGCGUAUAGCUCUCUCGACCACUAUAUCACCCACGACGGCAAUACCACACUUCCGCCUCCACGUCGCAUCAUGUUUAACCGCAUUGACGCCGCCCGUUGGCGAGACUAUGCAGCUAUGAACCAAUGGUUUAUCCGAUCAGCCUGGCCGUCGCUUACUAUGGAAUUUAUCGACGACUGGAAAGAUCGUAUAUCAAUGGGGGUGCCCUUUGUCUUUGAAAGAGUCCUCGUAGCCGACCGCUCUGCCGCCAUGAUGGGUCACAAUUACGCACGUUUCCAAAGAACGGCUGCUGUGGCAUUCCCUCUACCCGGCAGUGCUUACUGGUGGAUGCCAAUUCGCAACAACGUCGUCAAGUACACUGGCUUGGAACCGGCCGUUGGUAGCGGCACCACGACCACUCCUGUCAUAACAUACAUCUCAAGGCAGGAAUGGGGCAGACGUAUGUUGAUUCCUGAAGACCACGAUAGAUUGGUUAGAGAACUUUACAAGCUGCGCGACGAAUAUGGAUACGAGGUGAACGUUGUCAGCAUGGACAAAUUGUCGCGAAAAGAGCAGAUCAGAUUAGCUGCAAGAACAACUAUAAUGAUGGGCGUACAUGGCAAUGGUCUUACAUCACUUCUGUGGAUGAAUCCUUCUCCAAGAUCCACUGUCAUCGAGUUUUUCUUCCCCGGAGGGUUCGCGCACGAUUAUGAGUAUACCACUCGCGCGCUCGGCAUGAUACAUUACGGAUUCUGGGGAUCACAGUAUUUUACGAGCCCUGGCACACCUCUUCCCAAAUAUGUAGAAGGAUUUCAAGGAAAUGCCAUUCCGAUCGACGGAGAAGCGGUAGCUCGACUGUGUCGUGACAGACUGACUCUAACCAUGGAAGACGACGAUUAG